AGUGAUGCCAAAAUGAAGCGAGGCAAAAGCAGCCGGAGGCUGACAUUUUCUUAAAGGUGUCCGCCGCAGGGAACCCGACGCUGAGAGAACAGGGCUUUGGAAAAAUCCCUGGAGCUUGUUUUGGAGACAAAUUCAGUAAUCCAAGUGCCGCAACACAAAGGAGGACAUAGCGCUCUCCGCUUGAAUUCCCUGUGACAGCAAGACAGGCCAUUCUGAAGGAAAGCUUCGUGUGCUUGGGCACUCUACUUCCAUUUGUGGGCACACACACACCACACACACACACACAGCACAACACACACACACACAGCACACCACACACACACGUCAGGAUGAGGGAAGCCUGGAGGUGGCUACUGGGGCUGUGCCUCUUGACAAGCUCCGCCUCCCCCCACGCCAGGGCCAACCCCUUCGUGGGGCAGCAGACCCCCCCGGACCCCUGCUACGACGACGCGGGCGCGGCCCACCGCUGCAUCCCCGAGUUCAUCAACGCCGCCUUCGCCAAGGAGGUGGGCGUGUCCAGCGUGUGCGGGCGCCCGCCCUCGCGCUACUGCAGCGUGGUAGAGCGCAGCGACGAGCGCCCCUCCGUCCGCACCUGCCACGUGUGCGACGCGGCCGACCCCCGCCGCCACCACCCCGCCUCCUACCUGACCGACCUCAACUCCGCCCACAACCUCACCUGCUGGCAGUCGGAGAACCUGCAGGCCUCGCCGCACAACGUCACCCUCACCCUCUCGCUGGGCAAGAAGUUCGAGAUCACCUACGUCAGCCUGCAGUUCUGCUCGCCGCGGCCCGAGUCGCUAGCCAUCUACAAGAGCAUGGACUACGGCAAGAGCUGGACGCCGUACCAGUUCUACUCCUCCCAGUGCCGGCGCAUGUACAACCGGCCCAACAAGGCUGCCAUCACCAAGCAGAACGAGCAGGAGGCCCUGUGCACCGACGGCCACACUGACCUCUACCCUCUCUCCGGGGGGCUCAUCGCCUUCAGCACCCUGGACGGACGACCCUCCGGGAAGGACUUUGACAACAGCCCUGUCCUGCAGGACUGGGUCACAGUCACAGACAUCCGGGUGGUGUUCAGCCGCCCGCAGCUGCCCAGAGAGCUGGGUCUGGGGGCGGGAGGAGGAGGAGGAGGGGCGGGGGCCGGCCGGGAUGAGGACCCAAUGUCGGUGUCGGCGGCGCUGCCGGCGUAUUUCUACGCGGUGGGCGACUUCCAGGUGGGCGGGCGCUGCAAGUGUAACGGCCACGCCUCCCGCUGUCUGAAGGACAAGGAGGGGAAGCUGGUGUGUGACUGCAAGCACAACACGGAGGGCCCGGAGUGCGACCGCUGCAAGCCUUUCCACUACGACCGGCCCUGGCAACGAGCCAGCCCUCGCGAGGCCAACGAGUGUCUGCGUAAGUCUCAAUCCCCCCUUCGGGAAACCUUCCGCCCACUUCCCGUAGCUGGGUCCUCGGUGGCCCUGCCAGGUCCCUUCUGUCCGUCAAACCUGACCAGCAGGCCUGUGCCGGCCAACACUGAUGACCUCAUCACAGAGCUGAUACACGGCGGUAAAAAGCCAGUCCGCUACUACCUGAUCACAGACCCCGACAGGCCAGGCUCAGGGCUUCGUCCCUUCCUGGUUUCUUGUUCCAGAAGGAGCUUUACGGCUCAGUCCCUCACGCCUCCUCACAGUGAGCUGGAGGGUCUGUGA